UUAAUUAUUCUGAUAUGUUUAUGGAUGGACAUAGAGUUUUGUUUACACGCCAACAAAAAUCGUUCAUUCAUCUUACCUGCAGUUCUGAUUAUUGUAAUCGUUGGGAAGACAAAAGAAAAUGAGUGGAUCUGUAUCUUCUACGCUGAUUCCCAGUAACACUUUCUUCAUAUCACGCAUUCCAUUCCCAAUUCCUGACGCAGUAACGGUUAAGGGCAAGAACAGAAGUUGUCACCUACGCGUCCACGUUUCUAUGGUGGACUCCUCCUCAGCUGAUUUCACCAGACGCAUCGAACAAGCCUGGUUAAUUUCUAAGCAACCAAGGCCAAUAGUGUGUUCAUCUUGCAACUCAAAAGGGCAUAUUGAAUGUAAAUGGUGUGCGGGUACUGGCUUCUUUAUUCUGGGUGAUAACAUGCUUUGUGAAGUCCCAUCCAGAAACACUACCUGUAUCAUUUGCACUGGAAAGGGAUCAAUGUGCUGUUCUCAUUGUCAAGGAACAGGCUUUCGUGCAAAGUGGUUGGGAGAACCUCCUACUAAUACUUCCUAAUGCUGGAGCAUGGCUUCUAAGUAGUGAAAACUGAAAAGUGUACUUAUAUAUAUACCUCGUUUUACGUGUGUCUCGUAGAUGCAGCAGCCUCUUUAGCUCCCAAAUUACUUUUACAUUGAACAAUGUUGUUGUCAAGUUAUUCAUUUUUUAACACUCAUAUGUUACUGGAAGCAAUCAGUUAAUAUUAUUUUUUAUAUGUUUAUGAACUUGUAUAAAU